AUGAGCUCGCCCUGGCUCACAAUCGAGGAAGAGGAUGGGCUAGGGAUGAAGGUUACAAAAGACCAUGAUAUCGGUUACGGCAAUGGCAGGUUCCUCAGGAUUGCAGCUCGGAAAGGCCUUGUGCAUAUCAUCAAUGCCCUCAUUGAUCAAGGCUUUAAUCUCAACACCACGGGGAAUUAUUCAGGUCCUUACUCUGGCCAAUCAACCCCGAUUGAAGUGGCAGCGGCCGCAGGACAGUGCGAAGUCGUGGCUAUUCUCUUGAAAAGGGGCGCUGAAGUCGGACAGGCAUUAUCAUUUGCCGUACGCAACGACGACACGCAGAUGAUUCAGCUAAUUCUUAAUGCGCAUCCUGAGACUCCCCUUGAAUGGCCUCUGCUUCUCGAUUCACGGGGAAACUAUUUGCGCACUGUCACCCCGAUGGUCGUGGCAGUCGCUUGGAAGCGAGCCCGCUCUCUUGAAAUGCUACUCGCUCAUGCCAAGCAACACUGUCAUGCUAUAAUUGGGUACAGUUUGGUGUUCGCAGCGCGAAAGGGAGACAUGAGCCAUAUGCAGUCAAUUCUCGGUGACUUCCAGUUGGAAGAAUCGGGUGACGGGACUUCCUUGGCUCGUCAGCAGUAUGCUACCUUUGUCAUGGUGUCAAAAAUUGCAGCCAGGAGAAAGAGUACACGGAUGAUGCAGCUUCUCCUAUGCCAUGUCUCUUCAGAGACCAUCCAAGAACAACUCCUUGAAUUCUUUGUUCGGGUUGGUAUUUCAAAUGCCAACUGGUAUACGGUUGUUGAAAAUGCCAAGCACAUCUUCAAUCCAUCAUUUUAUGACAACCUCGCAGAAAAAGCACUUGUUUCAUUCGCUUCAAUGAAGGUGCCUUUACCCAAGGGCAAUAAUUCUAAAGAUCUCGCCGCGUACGAGGAAGGGUUUGAACGUCUGUUUGGACGUUCGUCAGUUUUCAUCCUAGCAUUACCAGAUGCUCUUCGUGAGGCCACUAAGAAAAAUAACCUGGUUCUCAUAAGGCGUAUGCUAGACUUGCACCGUUUGACAUGUGCUAUGCCAACAAGGAAUAUUGCAACCUGGAUCAAUGAAACAGAUGCAGAUGGGAAGACUUUACUGUACUACGCAUGUACUAACGGACACCCGGAUAUCUUUUUCUCCUUUUUGGAUCUCGGAGCAGACACGCGCGGCCUAUACGACCAAUUCCCAGUGGAACUUGUGGACGAAAAGGGAAGGCGAAUACUGGCAGACAAAAGUGGCAAGGCAAAUCUGUUGCAGAUUGCUUUGGAUGCAUACCAAGCAUCGGAAGACACAUUCGAAUGGUAUCCUUGGGGAAAUACCCUAUGGGAAAGGCCUAUUGAAGUAUCAUAUGGACCUAUUAUCUGCCAUCUCCUUGAUGUGGGGCUGGAGAUUGAUUUGGCAUACCCAUGUUUGGUUAAAUUCUUCUAUGUUGCUUGUCGUCAGGGUGCACUCGUGCAUGUGAAAAGGCUCUUGGAGAAAGGAGUCAGUCCAACUGCUCGGUCGAGUAGUAUCCGUCGACAACACAUGACGCUCGAAUCAGCUCUUCAUGUUGCUGCCAUCGGAGGCCAGAUGGCUGUUGCGGAGUAUCUCGUGAGCCAAGGGGCUAAUGUACGUGCCAAAGCAAACCUUGGCAAUUAUUGUGGAACGUACAAUCAGACUGCCAUCGAAGCUGCUCUAGAACGACAUUCUCUAUCUGGGUCAGAAGCGGAUAUUCAUGAAGUCUGUGCAUACCUUGUUGGCUCGGGUGCGUCUGAGAGUGAUGCUGAACUUUUGUUGGUGAAAGCCUGUCAAGCAAGUAACUUGGCUUCUGUCAAACGUUUGCUGCAGCGUGGAACCAAAAUGACAGAUGCGUCUGCCAUCAAGACAGAAGAACUUUAUCGCAUCUUUAUCGAAGCCGAUUUCAACUUCCAUGACCAUCCGGCUACUAUUGGUGGUCUGACGGAGAAUGCAAUGAAAGAGGAAAAUUUGGAAUUUUUCCAGGAACUGGUCAAUGUUUAUGGUCUCCUGCUUGACUCUCAAAAUCUUGUCCGAGCCAUAAUGGCAACUUCAAAGCGCAAACAGAGCCGGGCCUUGUUCCUACGAAUUCUGAUAGAGGAAUUCUCUCUUGAUAUCAAUCGCGUCUAUCCGUUCCCUUGGUGCGAUCUCAAGAUGACCACAAUCCUUAAUGAAGUAGCUUGUGACUUCGAAGACGUCGAUGAUGUGAGCUUUAUACUCCAACUAGGUGCAAAUUCCGAUAGUCCGGGUCUCCGCUAUACUCCCCUCACGACAAUCCUUGUGCGGGAUGCAAUAUCAACAAGCGGCCGUUGUCCUACGGUCACACAUGCCAUCAUCAAAGCACUUUUGCACCACGGGGCAGAUCCGAACGGGCUCCCACUAGUCGACCUGGAGCCUAUGGGUCAAGCAGAAUCUCGAACGUUCAGGACCCCGUUGCUACUUGCCAUCAUCAACAAUAUUCCUGAAACUGCUCACAUUGUGAGGACAUUCAUAAAUCAUGGCGCUGAUGUCAAUAUGGGGCGGAUUUCACCUUUGCGUCUUUCCCAGUUCUUUGGCCAGGGAGAUGUUGAGAAUUUGCUUCGUGAGCAUGGCGCUAGGGAUAACAGUGACCCUGAUUGCCUAAUACCAGACUUCGUUAGGGUCCUCAAAUGGAAAGACACUUACCUGGAUAGCGCUGUGGAUGGUGUCAGAGCCAACAGACUAGAGGAGAUCGUGGAGAGAUAUACACUAGGUUCUAUUGUGGGCAGUGAAGACAGUGAGUAG